UAAACAUUUUACUCCACAUUUAUUCAAAGGAAAUCAUAAUUUAUAGCUUUUACACUAGUUACAUACAAUUAUUAGAUCUCCAAUAGUAUGUUAAUACAAAAUAAGUACAAAAGUCCUCUUUUAUACACUACAGUGGCAAUGUAACUGCCAAAAUGUUUUUGGGGGUAAAUUUAUGUUACAAACUAAUUACAAAUUAUUAUAGCCACAAGAGUAUUUUAAACACUACAUGAGUAGAGAUUAUUCUGGUUGGGACACUAUUAUUACAGUAUAUGUAAGAUCUAGCUUGGUCUUCCAUAGACUCAGAGAUACUUUCCCAUUUCUUUUUGUCCUCAUUUUCUGCUUCAAAGUCUGAGUUACAUCACUGUCAUCUGUACAUACAACAUUAUCUUAGAGAGAAUUUUCCUGUUCACUGAAUUCUGCAUUGUCCUUUAUUUCAGUAAUGUCAUAAUAAAACUCAACACUAUCCAUAUUUUGUUACUUAAACUAGCAGAAGAUGAGAUUAGAAUGGGUAUAAACUAACACUCUUGUGUGCCUUUCCUUACAUGACACACUAAGAAAAAUUCUAAGAGACAAAACAAAUAUGCCGACUAUUACAGGCACACUGUAACUAUACAUUUAUAAUAUUUACAACAAUUACACUUGUAUCAACAAACAGUUGGAGUCAGGCAGCAAAUAAUUCGGUCAUAUUUGACAACAGUGUUUGCCAUAAAGGUACUUAUCAAUAGGAUGUCUCACUCAUGUGUCUAGACUGAUGGGAACUGACAAGAAACCACCUGCAAUCUUAAAUUUUAUUUGGGUUUAGUAAUCUAGGAUUAAAAGGGGGCAUGAAGCUGAUUCUCUCCAUUUGGUGGUAAUGCCCAUGGUUUAAUUCCAAAACUUCCACAAUAUUUUACUGGGUGAAGACAGUGACACUGUUGAAGGUAGUCCACCCAUGAAAUGGAUGCUUUAGAUGUACCAGCUCAAACGGCACUACUCUAGAGUUAAUUGACUGUGCCAUACUUAUUAAUGGUAAAACACCAAUCUGUAGAAACUCUCAUUUCAAUUAUCCACAGUUUAAUUGAAACAAUGUGUGUACCUACAGUAGCUAUCAAAACAAAUAUGUUGUUAUUAAUACUAGAGCUACAUCGAUUCUAAUGACACAAGUAUUUGUCUAAAAUUUUCUUGAUGUAUUUAAAAAAAGUCAUAAUUUGAUUUAUAGGUAAUUAAUACUAAAUAUCAUUAUUGAUAAUGUUUUUUAUUUUCAUAGCAUCACUUAUAAAUUUACUAGCAAUAUAAAUGUUCAAUUUGCAACAGACUGUAAUAAUCAAUUGUUACAUGCUACCAUCUUUGCAUAAUAUAUAUCACUGGUAGAUUGCAUGUAUCUUUGUUUGAUGAGCUAUUCCCCCCAGUUGCCACUUAGUAUGUGUGGAAUGAGGUUGUGAAACAUGGAAAUAAGGAAAGUAUGAUUAUAUAUCAGAUAUUUUUUUGAAAAGUGCAGUGUUACACAUGUGUUUUAAAUGUAUUUAAAGUAAUAGUGACGAACAGAAAUAACCUGCAUUCAUUUAUUUAUUUCAUGGUAUUAUUAACAACCUGCAACCUUAGGACAUCAAGCUAAGCAUAUUAUACCUACUAGGCAAAAAAGCGGGCAGACAACAACAAGAAGAAGAAGUCUAAAGUUAAGUAAUUGUUCCUGAACACACACAUGCUUACUUAGCUAUUACAAGCUAAACAUCAAAUAUUACUUCAGUAAAGUUUGUAGGUUAAUGAACAGUUGCUUUCUUUGAAUAGCAUACAUGUGGUUUACAUACCACAUGGGGGAAAAGGGGAGAUGGGGGCAGAGGUUAGACACACCAAAACCAAUAUGAGGAAUGGAACAGCAAUUCACCUUGAUUAGGACCUCUGUGCCUCAACACUCACUGACUCACUGAGAGGGCUGUGUGCCGCUAAUACCCAAAAUAGUACACAUCUACAUCUAUACUGAACAAACCAUUAUACAGUGCAUAAAUUUACUAAUUCACCCACCAUGACAGCGUCACAGAACAUCAGUCAAUGAACCUAAUUGCAAAUGUGGAUUGGUCUAAACUGGCAUAACAGUUGUUGUCCAACAUCGACAGAUUCAGAGUUGAAAGUAAAAAUCAGUUUUGCCAGCUUUCACCAUGACUGGAGGAGCAUGUCGUGUGCUGACCACACUCUCAUAAAGCAGGGAAAUAACAUGGUCCAGCCUCUUGGCCACCUGCAUGGCUUUUAAGAAGGCCCACGAGAGUAACUAGCAGACCUGUGCCCACCAAUACACACUAAUAUUUAUUAGGCUGAUCUAUGGUCUAUCAAUAGGUCUGUGCCGUCGAUAAACUUGUCAUCAGAAAUAUCGAUACAUAAACAAACCAUCUUUGCACUGUUUUUAAUCUCUGACUUCUUUGCUUCCCACCAUGUUAAAGUUCAGUUCCAUAUGUGUUGUUCUACCAUGAUGUACAAUAAAAUAUAGUUCUCAACAUGUUGGUGUAUUCUCUGGAGACAACCACCCUAACCCCGAGUUUCUUCAUUAUUCGUUUUUGGUUUCUGACAGUGCCUGCGAUGACUGCGCCAGUUAUUUUUGUGUGUUUUACCAUAAUAGUGUUCAAACAAUGACUCUGGCUCCACACCUAACGCCCAAUUUUGUGACAAAUAUGCACCGUGUUGCUGGCGAUGUACACCCGCCAGGAUUGCAACAUGGUGUUUCUCCUUCAACGGCUCCCCUGGUGUCACAAUGUUCUCGAGCCUGUAACAAGUGAGGUUAGGAACACGCAUGACUCUGGUUACCAAAUGCCUUUGUUCCCGCCACUUCAUGUGCCUACCUCCUCUAACCGUGCCACCACUACUUAUGGCUCUUGAUGCAGUGUGGUACCAAUGUCAAACUCCAUUAAUGUUUCAUUGGACAACUUUCCACUGCCGGAGUAACAAUUCUUGACGUCUUACUCCGUGCAACCCCACGUUAACUACAGCCACGUGGUCAGCCCUACCAGACUCGUGGGCCUUUCACGUCAGAUUCCGACCAUGCUUGCACAUCAGCCUGCAACAUGAACAACAAGUGGUCUAGUGGGCCUAACGACGCCCUACAUUCUACUACUAUGCCCCAGUGCUCUGUGCCACAGCUCUCACCUUAUUCGAAUGUGAUUUCGAGUGGAGUGACUGAACAAUGAAUCUUUUUACCACUCACCCCAUGUUCGGCAUCACUAUACACACGGUGUUUUGGUUCAGCCCACACCUCCGCUGCCUCCCUGCCACACAGGUGAUUACAGCUGAACUCUCUCGUCGAGCUAUCAGCGUGUUAACUUGCGCCCACAGUUCAUGAAUUAUUUAUCACCUGUCGCAUCCGCGCCGGCUCCUGUUGAGCUUCCGCAUUCGUUUUCGGCACAAACCGGUGCCUCAUCCGCGUCAGCCUUCCGCGACGUGACACAUCGUCCUCCACCGCAAUGUGACACCUUCACUCUACUGCAGGGCCAGUUCACAGCUCCAUCAAGCUCCCCGACCACGCCGCGAAGGCUCGAGAAUGCUACUGCUGCCCACGCUUUGGACGUCAUAUCUGCUUCUGUUUGUAAAUAAACGUCUGUAAUGAAGAAUUACUUGUUGUCAAUAUGAACUCAAGACCUUUUGCACGAAGCAGACACCUCCUAAUGCAACGUUUUAAUUUGGUUGAGGAAGCUGGGAUCGCUAUAAGUGCAAAUAAAUUGAAGUGGAAUGUUUUAAUUUGGUGUUAAGGAGCAAAACAUCUUACCAAAAGAACAACACGAGUUAGUCGCUGUUGACUUAUAUGGACCAUUACCGACGACCAGAGGAGGCUAUUGCUACAUUUUUGUUAUGGUUGAUGUUUUUUCAAAAUUCAUUAAGUUAUACCCUCUUCGCAAGGCAAACAGUAAGAGCAUUAUUUCAAAAAUCAGGAGACUAUUUUGGCAGGGUUGGAAAACCUCAGAAAAUCUUAUCAGACAAUGGGACUCAAUUUACUUCUGGAGUAUGGAAAGCUUUUGUUGAAGAUGAAAAUAUAAGUCACAUUCUUAUUUCAGCUUAUCAUCCGUCACGAAACCCCUUCAGAGAGAUACACGAGGGAAAUUGGGCGAUUCUUUAGAACCUACUGCAAUACUGAUCAUGCUAGUUGGAUUGAUUAUGUUGAGAAAUUCGAAAAUGUUGUGAACAGCCUACAGCAUUCCUCAACAGGGUUUUCGCCUUAUGAAAUACAGUAUAAUAGCAAACCACCACAUCCAAUUAGUGAUUUCAUUGAUUUUCCAGUCUGCAAACCAUUAAGUGCUCAAGAGAGAGAGGAAAUAGUGAGAAAGACCAUGAAAUCUCAAGGUGAUAAGAGGAAAUGUAGACAUGACAAAAGAUUGAAGCCUACUCAAUUUCAAAUUGAAGACUUGGUCCUUGUUAAAACACAAGAGAAGUCUAAAGCCAUCAGUGGUGAAUUAAAAAAGUUUUUUGACAUAUACAUUGGACCUUUCAAGAUUCAGGACAAUCCUCAUCCGAAUGCUUACCGUCUAGUCUACCCAAAUUCUGGCAGGCUGUUUGGCCUACGAAACGUGACCAAACUGAAAUUGUUCUGUAAUGAAGAAUUACUUGUUGUCGUCAAUAUGAACUCAAGACCUUUUGCACGAAGCAGACACCUCCUAAUGCAACGUUUUAAUUUGGUUGAGGAAGCUGGGAUCGCUAUAAGUGCAAAUAAAUUGAAGUGGAAUGUUUUAAUUUGGUGUUGAGGAGCUGAAAUGUUAUAAUUUGAACCAAGAACAGAAGGUAGAAUUAGAAAGAUUAUUGUGGAAUUACUGUGAUGUUUUUGAUGAUAGACCUGGCAGAGUAAAGAAUUAUCAAUGUAAACUCAGAUUAAAACCACAUGAGCCAUUCUUUAUAAAACCUUCUAGUGUACCCAUUGCAAAGAGAAAAGAUGUAGAAAAUGAACUUCAAAAGAUUGGAAGAGUGGGGCAUCAUUGAGAGAAGUAAGAGCCAAUACAAUAAUCCUUUGGUAGUGGUUGCAAAACGUGAUGUCAGUGUCAGGCGUGUACUAGAUUCAAGACACCUAAAUAAGUAUCUGGAAAGAGAGACCGAUCAUCCCGAGAAUAUAGACGAAUUACUUCAUAGGUGUAUUAAUACCUUUCCAAACAAUGAGAGUCUUUGACAAUGUUUUGUUUACAAUACGAUAGCAAUUCACGACUUAAAACUAAAUUAGACAUUACAGAAUUUUAGUACAGAUGAAAGUAAGUAAAAGGAUCAGUACAUAUAAAUUCUUACAAGCAUAAUUUCCAAAUAGAUUUUAUAAGAUUUUUCUACCAGUUUCUGGAUAACCUUCACCAGAUUUGUACCGAUGUUUCCAUAAAUAUCUUGACAUUUGAUUCUGGAUAUUUCUUGAGUGAUUUAGAACUAUUUAUAUGUAAAAUGAUUUAAAUCGUGUUUCAAAACGUAAAUAAAUCCUUUUAGCAAUAUUUCUUGAUACAAAUCGUCUUUCGAAAUUAGGUUAUGAAACAGUUUUCACAAGUUUUCGUAUUUUUGCGAUCAUAAUAUAGAAUUUCUCCAUAGAAAGUUCCAGAAGUUAUAUUAUGAUCGCAAAAAUGCUUCGUGCAAAAGGUCUUGAGUUCAUAUUGACGACAAGUAAUUCUUCAUUACAGACGUUUAUUUACAAACAGAACUGACAGACUUCACAGACACAACAACUGACUCUCAGAGCUAACCGCACUGCAUAUCCGAACUGGCAACUCCUAGGUGUAUUAAUAUCUUUCCAAACAAUGAGAGUCUUUGACAAUGUUUUGUUUACAAUACGAUAGCAAUUCACGACUCAAAACCAAAUUAGACAUUACAGAAUCCUAGUACAGAUUAAAGUAAGUAAAAGGAUAAGUACAUAUAAAUUCUUACAAGCGUAAUUUCCAAAUAGAUUUUAUAAUAUUUCUCCACCAGCCUCUGGAUAACCUUCACCAGAUUUGUACCGAUGUUUCCAGAAGUAUCUUGACAUUUGAUUCUGGAUAUUUCUUGAGUGAUUUAGAACUAUUUAUAUGUAAAAUGAUUUAAAUCGUGUUUCAAAACGUAAAUAAAUCUUUUUAGCAAUAUUUCUUGAUGCAAAUCGUCUUUCGAAAUUAGGUUAUGAAACAGUUUUCACAAGUUUUCGUAUUUUUGCGAUCAUAACAUAGAAUUUCUCCAUAGAAAGUUCCAGAAGUGUGCAUUAAACGUUCAUUUACAGACUUUCUCUUUAGCUGGUGAGGCUGCUUCCAGGCCCCCACCACUUGCGAAAUUGCCAAAACUACCUGCAUUCUCCAUCGAGAACCCCGAAUUCUGGUUCGCCUUAGUCGAGCAGAUCUUUCAAUAUUAUUUGCUUGAUGGCUACUCAUGGUAUAUUUGUCUCAUUAACAGUCUCCACGACCUGCUGACUUGAUUCAUGAUUUAAGUCACCACACCUCCUCAGGUAGACAUAUACGCUUCUGUCAAGAGGACGAUACUGAAAUGUGUUACAUGAACGUCGACUGAGAAGGUUCAGCAGCUCAUCUCCAAGGAACAACUCGGUGACUCGACUUCAUCACAGCUGUGGCGCCGUCUCCAAGUCCUCGUUAACAACCAGGCCAUGCCCGAUAACACACUCUUGUUAAUCUGGAUCAAGAAACUUCCUCUUUCUGUCCUAACUGCCAUCUCUUGCCGUGAAGAUCAAGCAACUGAUGCACUUCUCCGCGCCGCUGACCGAGCUCAUUCUGCACUACAACUCGAGCUUCACACCCGGCAAACUGAACCCGCCUCCCACCAACAGCUUUGCCCUCCCCCUGCACGCCACAGACGCCGCGUUAAUUUGGACACCAGUAACCACUCGCUGGCACCGCCGAUAGCCUCGCUCCCUCCUGCAGUCAACUCUUUGGCAGGCACGGACCCUCAUCCUUCCCCCUUGGCUAUGGGCUCUCUGCAGAAUGCACAUCCACAUUACCCCUACUGCUACUUCCACACAUGUUUCGGUGAUGCAGCAAGGAACUGCAGGUUGCCUUACUGUUUCCCAAAUGCCGGUCGCAGGUAGGUUCGGGUGACACCUCCUGCACACAAGACAGGCACCUCCCAGUGCUUCACUCAGUUUGUGAACGACCUAACCUUUGUGGAAGCUUAUAUGUCAAAGACAUGUCUUAAGGUCAACAGUUCCUCAUUGACACAGGUGCUGAUGUGUCCCUACUACCCACGUCUCUAGCAUCUGAGAACAUUCGUUCCCACCACUUAUCACUACAAGCCGUCAACUCCACUAAACUGCAGUGCAUUGGUUCGACAUCCCAUUCUGUUAUGCUCUCUCCGAACUGCAAGCUCGAGUGGACUUUCCUAGUCUGUGAUAUUGACAAACCUAUCAUAGGCAUUGAUUUCUUGCGCCACCACAAACUUCCCCAGGACAUAGUGCGCAACAUCGUGUUUCAUCACCUGACAAACACUUUCCCUGUGCUCCGUCAAGCCCUUGCUCCCUGGAUGCAUCUGUUCGUGCUCAACUAGUACACACAUGCUUGUCUCUUUUGACUGCGCUGCAAGAAAUUACACACAAGUGCUUCGUCGAGCAAGAACAGGUCACUCGCCUACGCAACGAAAAUUUCGAGCUCUCCCGCCGGAUCCACGAAAAGCAGUUCGAGCUCUCCAUCGCUCUCAAGAAAUUAAAAACACUUCAACAAGGACAAAUCAAGGUUAGUAAGUGCAUCGACUGCACAGACAAUCCUACUUCCGUGUGCUCCUCACCCGUCACCUCUAUCAACUGUGCUGUCACCGCAAUGUCGUACACAGACGUGUGUAAACUAGGCCCCCGUACUGCUGUCGCCGCAUGUACUGACAGCCCCAUAGUGCCACGCCCUCCUCACGCCACAGUUGUUGACUCUGACUUGUGUACCACUACGCAUGCGCGCUGCGCCUCACUUCAGCCUGGCCUGCCCCCAGUGGACGAUCUUGCAAACUGUGAAACCGCUGCUCCUGUACCGCCACCGUGUGAACUCUAUGAACUACACAGACAGUGUACUCGCGUCUGAACGCAAUUCACAUGUUUCGACCGAGACCAUGCUGCCACAGGCCACACCCACGGCCGUGGUGCCUACUAACGAUUCACUAACCCAACCGAACUUUUAUGAUUCCGGAGUUUGCACUUCGGGCCGGCGGCCAUCUUCUCGCGUUGACUCCCGGGACACGUCACCACCUCGGCUUCCUUUGGAAAAGCCGACCUACACCGAUUGCAGUAAUCCUGCACCGCUGACUCGCACAAUGCGAGCAGUACACAAACAGUCUCCCUUGUGUCAGGCAACAUCACUGUGGUUACUAACGGAACAAUGCACAGAUUGCUCCUCACACAGGGGCCUCCCAUCUCUAGUAAACCCCAGAGACUUUGCCCCGAGCACCUUUGUGAUCUCAAAAAGCAAAUCACAAAGCUCUUAAACGCCGGUGUCAUCGAACCCUCCGCCAGCUGCUGGUCCACUCCCAUUCAUAUGACACCCAAAAAAGACAGAACCUGGUGCAUGUGCGGGGAUUACAGUCGCUUGAAUGCGAGAACUCUAAUGGACAACUACUCUGUACCAAACAUUGCCGACUUCACCAGCGCUCUAUCGGGCGCAUCUGUUUUUUCCAUCAUCGACUGUAAACAGGCUUACCACCAAAUUCCAAUGGCCCCCGAGGAUAUUGAAAAAACAGCAAUCACCAUGCCCAUAGGCCUCUUUCAAUUCCGAUUUAUGCCUUUUGAACUCAAAAACUCCACACAGACAUGGCAACGUUUUAUUAACAAGGUUUUGUUCGGCCUCAUAUUCUGUUUUGCUUACCUCAACAACAUACUUGUCUUCAGUUCCUCUGUCGAGGACAAUAUACAUCAUGUGCAGACCGUUCUAGACACCUUGAAAGCCACAGGCAUUGGAACCAACCCCAACAAACUACAACUGCAACAGCCUGCUGUCACCUUCCUUGGGUUCCAGGAAUCGGCUGACGGUAUCACACCUCCACCGGAGAAAGUACAGUCCAUCUUAGAUCUACCAAGACCUUCUUCAUUCAGAGAACUUCGGCGUUUUCUUGGCACCAUGAACUACUAUCGAAAACACCUACCCCAAAGCCGCAGGAAUCCAAGCCCUGUUAACCGACACUUUGGCAGAAAAAAACACCUCUGGAACCCGACCUGUGCAGUGUACACCAGAAAUGACAGAAUCUUUCUCGGCACCUGACGCAAAUAUUCGGCGAUCGAUCACGAACUGCUGGAUGUGUACGAGGCGAUCGAGAACAUUUUCAAAAGGAUGUCGAGGGGGCGCUCAUUCUAUGUUCUCACUGACCACAAACCCUUGGCAGCUGCUAUAAUGAACUCCCCGGCCGACCCUCCCCAAGUCGCUUCCGUUAUUUCGACUUCAUUUCACAGUUCCCUGCCAGUUGGAUCUUUCUGCUCUCCCUGAACUCCAAUCCUCUGACGAAGAUACACAGAAAUUAAUCUCUGACCCAGCUUCUUCUCUACACCCGGUUCUUACCACCUUUCCCGGUAUCUCCGGUGAAGUAUGGUGCGAUGACAGUGGGCACACUCCACCCCGUUAUGCCCACCAUGCUCCGUCGAGCUGUUUUCAAUGCUCUUCACAACUUGGCUCACCCUGGCAUUCGAGCUUCAGUCUGCCUAGUCGCGGAGCACUUUGUUUGGUGAAACAUCAAUAAAGACUCGCAACAGUGGGCACAUGUAUGCCUUGCUUGUCAACGCAACAAGGUACACAAACACACCCAAACACACCUCUCCCCCUCCCGGCAACGUCCCUAUACCCCCCUGGGCGAUUUCGAACGUGCACAUCGACAUUGUGGGCCCUCUUGCCGCCUCCAAUGGUUUCCGCUACAUACUUUCCACCAUUUAUCAUACUACUCAUUGGGACGAAGCCGCCCCUCUUCCCAACAUUACCACAGAAACUGUCGCUCGUUCUUUCAUUGAGUCGUGGGUAUCGCAUUCCGGUUGUCCCGUGGUCAUUCCCAUCAACGAGGACCAUCAGUUCAAGUCAGCCAUUGAACAAAAUGGCAUUUGCCAUAUCUGCGGAAUCCGACGCAUACACAUGACUGCUUACCAUCCGCAAAACAAUGGCCUUGUUGAGCACUGGCACCGCACCCUCAAGGUGGCCCUCCGCUGCCAUGAUUCCUUAUGGAUGGAGACCCUGCCGCUUGUACUGUUCGGUGCUCAAGCAACCUACAAGGAAGACAUCAAAGGGACAGUUGCAGAAUAUGUCUAUGGACAAACCCUGGUCCACCCAGGAGAACUCGUCUGUCCUCCUGCCUAUCACUCGCUUUCACCCCUACCCUCGUUCAUUGAAAGUGUGAAAUCCCACUUCUCCAACGGUCUAUGUACUCACUUCCCUUUCCGACUGUAAUUUUGUCAUGCUCCGGGACGACUCCGUAUGAGCACCUCUCCAGCUCCCAUACUCUGGCCCUUAUAGUGUGCUUCGGCGAUCCACAAACUCAUUUGGCAUACUGAUAAAGAAAUUCCCCCAUCACUGUGUCGCUGAACAGACUUAAAACAGCUCAUGUCGAGCCCGAAUCUACGCCAUCACCUGACACGAGCGCUCCACUCCGCCUACUGCCACAUGAUGCUCCACCUUUGCUCCCUCCCUCGAGCGAUCACUCACCGUCGUGUGCAUCUCAGAACUCCUCUUUGAGCUCAUUGCCGAGCUCCCCACCAACCACACUCUCUCGAUCGAGCUCACAACCCACGACCACAAACUGCUCUCGCCUGAGUCACCGUGUUGAGGUUUCUCUUUCCCCACUCCCCUGGUCAACACUCCCUCACUUGAGGUGACAGUCCCUGUGCCCUCUGACAUCAUUUCUAUAAUACUCGGGGACAAUUUGCUAUUUAUCGUGUGUUUCUCAUCGCCCAGUGAUAAUUCUGUGAUAUUAUGCCACUUAAUUAAGUGUUUCCCUCUGCCGCCUGACGUCGACCUUGAAACGCUCCGGGCAUUCGCAACACCUUCGGCCGACAUUGUCAUGAUUGCUCCGUACAGACCCGCCUCCUCCCGACACACACAGCCUGUAUGAUGACCGGCUCACUUCCACGAUUUACAUGUCAACUGGCAAACCGUCGCAGCUCGACAACUUCCAACACCACUACUGGAGGACUCCGUCGAGCUUACUAUCGUUCGUCUACCUCGCACAACUCCACCUGAUGCCAUAGUUACCCCUCCUCUGGUCUCUCAACAGUACUCCGUACUGGGGCAGCGGUAUGUGGCGCCGAUGAACUCAUCACCAGAAACAUCGAUACAUAAACAAACCAUUUUUGCAUUGUAUUCAUCUCUGACUUCUUUGCUUCCUACCAUGCCAAAGUUCAGUUCCGUAUGUGUUGUUCUGCCAUGAUGUGAAAUAAAAUAUAGUUCUCAACAUGUUGGUGUAUUCUCUGGAGAAAACCACCCUGAAUCCACCACAGGUCAAUUGAAAUGAUAGAUGAGUGGUAGUGUGAUCUGUCUGGAAUUCUUAUUUUGUGCUUUCAAUGUUUAUAACUGAACUCUUCUUAUUGAUAUUUUGCUCAGUAAAGUAUUCAUGUAAACCCUAAGUACAAUAUUAUCACUUAUAUGGCGAAGCAGCACAAGCAUUACAUAAUUGACACUAAUAAAAAUCAAGAUGAGCAUGACAAGAGACACAAAUUUUAUGUGGUCAGUCACUAUCAAGAAGAAAAUAAGAAAGACUAACUACUACAUAUCACAAAUUCCAUUACCCAGUCACUGCACCAGCUUCCAAGACACUCCUUUUAUCUCAUAAAUGAAGUGAUAGGAAGGGUGUCCAGGAAUGAUCUGUAGUGCAAAAGUAGUGCUCCUCCCCACGGUAGGCUGCCAACUUGUUUGGAAAUAUAUGCAUGGCACAUAGAGAGCCCAUGCCAUUUCAGUACUUCUUACUUUGCUUGCUACAAUCCUGCUCUCUGAUGAUUCCUUUUCCCAAACUUGGUCUAUAGAACAACUUCCUUGUUGACAACCUGGCUAUUCUAUAAGAUACUGUAGCGAUAGUGAGUACUUAUUUUAAUUUCUCCAGACUUUCUUUUUCUUCACUCGUUUCAGGUAUCCCAUAUCUGGUCCCACUGCAGGUUCCCUUACUAUUCUUUCAAAAUUUUACAACAGUUCAGAUAACGCAAAGAAGGUUACCCAAUAUGGUGCUCAUCCCAUCCAUUCUGCAAUUAUAGCUGAAGUGUAUAUUGUGGGAGUGGAUUUCAUUACACACUCAAAUCCUAACAUGGUAUCUUCUAUUCUGGGGCCACAUACCCGAUCAUAUAGUAACCAACAAUACAAUGCCAUCAACCAGGUGACCUUUACAGCAAAGAUGCAGGGCCUGCUCCAGAAGGUGACAGCCUGAAGGUCUCACAUGCCCGCUGGGUCAGGAGGCAGCAGGGUGAUCAUCACCAGAGAUCAUCGACCCCCAAAUGCCUCCUGACUAGCCCAAAGAAUGGCUCCUACCCCUCGAUCGUGGUCACUGCUAUUCCAGCAUAACAUCAAGCACUGGCAUGUUGGUCUGAAUUGCUACAGCAGAGAAGGCUGUGAGAUGACGACAGCCAACAGCACGCUGACUAGGACCAUACCACACGUGAGCGGCCCCUAUACGAAGAGAACAUAAGCGCUACUCCAGCUAGCCACACCCACACUAGAAGAUGCACGCUAGAAGAUGAGCCGUGACUCGUGAACAGUAUUAUUUGCUUGCAUGGAAAUUGUAUAUAUUAAAGGACAUUGAUUAUUUGCAUGACACCAUUUGCUUGUGACACCUCAUUGUAAAUCUGCUAAGUUAAGUACUGUCAAUUCAAUUUAACCCUAGCAUUACCAACGGGGCAGGGGGGGGGGGGGGGGGACGGCUCGUAGGCCCACUGACUCAGUUUUUCUAUGUUGUAUCCACACCCUUUGAUAUAUGAACUUGAAAGCAAAGGUAAUUGUUCGUUAUUGAAUGUACUAUUGAGUCAUUACAGAAUUUCGGAAUAAAAAUGUAAUUAAAAUUCAUUUACUUGAUUUAAUUCUCUGUGGGCCUUAGAAGCCCACCCGUUGGUAAUAGCCGAGGAAAGAUUUACGAGGUUGAGUCUUUCAUUUCAAAUUCUUACCAUAAAACGAAUUUUGGCAUUGUUGCCUUCAGAUAUAUUAUUAUGAAGCGGACCAUUGUUAUUUUCAGUGUUUCUGCUGCUGUUGAACCAGCAACAUGUGUAGUCAACGUUUACGUGAUAGUUCCAUUGAAAGAGUGCUAGAAGAAGUUUUGGACGAAUCAGAUUAAGAGGAAAGUGAAGUGGAUGAUGAUGUGGAAGAAAUUAGAACUGAUUCAUCGUCUGAGAAUGAAGAUGAGGUUGAAGCCAAUCCACCAGAUGAUAAUGAUACAGAAUGUGAUAAAUUCAUUGCAAAAAGUGAUAAAUUCAUUGCAAAAAGUGGACGAGAGUAUAUUACGAAGCCAUCUCGACAAUAUCGGCGUUCUGUACAAAAUAUAGUGCGAGAAAGAAUGGGGCUAGGACAACAAGGAAGAAUUGUGUCUCCGAAAGAGGCUAUAGAGCUCUUUUUUACACCUCAAAUUAUGAAUCUAAUAAAACUACACUCAAAUGAAGAGGCUUCUCGACUAGGUAUUCAGCACACAGAUGAAGAUGAGUUAUUUUGUUAUAUAGGACUCUUGCCAAUCGUGGGUUCAAAUAUGACAAUAAGAUACCUGUCCAAGAUUUAUGGUCUUUGCUUCAGGGCCGACAAGUGUACUAUGGAUCAAUGAGUUGGACCCGAUUUUUCGAAUUGACUAAAAUAUUGAGGUUUGAUGAUAAGAACACAAGAGAAAUUCAUCGCCAGACUGACAAGUUUGCUCCAAUGAGGGAAAUUUUUGAAAGCUUCAAUUCUUCACUUCCAUUGUAUUUCAUUCCUGAUCUACAUACAACAGUGGAUGAGAUGUUGUCUUUGUUCCGUGGUCGCUGUCCAUUCAAGGUGUUUCUAAAAGAAAAACCUGGAAAAUAUGGCAUUCUAAUUCGAAUGCUGUCUGAUUCUGAGACUAGAUAUGUGAUCAGCAUGGACAUCUAUACAGGCAAGUCAGGAAAUACACAGCAUUCAAAUGGACCGAUGGAAAUUGUAAAGAGACUAAUAAAACCUAUUGAAAAAUCAGGCCGUAAUGUUACCACAGAUCGGUACUACACUUCAGUGGAGCUUGCUGAGACUCUAUGGAAUGAUUUUCACCUCACACUUGUUGGCACCCUACAGUCUAACAGACGACACAUACCUGAAGAGCUGAAGACUACAACUGGCCACAGUUUACACUCUUCCAUCUUUGCUUAUACUGACCCUCAGACACAGAGACCACCAGUUACUCUUGCAUCAACGCUAGUCCGCGAGAAGCCAAAGCGACUGCUGUUGAUGCUUUCAACUUAUCACUCAGAAGGGGUGUUGAAUGAAGACUCAAAAAAGACUAACAUAAAUCUUUUUUAUAAUUCUACAAAGGGAGGCGUGGACACCAUAGACCAGAUGGCAAGACACUACAGCACAAAGAGAGGAACAAGAAGAUGGCCUUUGUCUCUCUUCUACACACUCAUUGACAUAGCAGCAAUAAAUGCAUAUUCACUCUUCCUCCUCAACUUUCCGAAUUGGAAAAAGAAUUUGCUAAACCGCAGAAGGGUUUUUAUCACUAACUUAGGUCUCGAACUAAUAAGAUCUCAAGUAGAUAAACGGGCACAAAAUUUGUAUGGACUUCAGAAGCCAGUAAUAAUGGCAAUGGAAAGCAUCACACAACGGAAGCUCAGCUGCUCUGUAGAACCAUCAUCUGCAACAGCAGAACCAGGAACACGUGGAUGGUGCCACCUAUGCUGCCAAGAAGCUGCAUCUAAAAAGAUCAAGUACAACAAGCUGGGAAAGUCAACUGUUACCUGCUCUCAGUGCCACAAACACGUCUGUGGGAAACACUGCAGGAAGACAGUGUUGUGUGAAAAAUGCGUUGCAGAAUGAGACAGUAAAUUUUGUUUGCUUCAUGUAGUGUAUCGAAUUAAAAAAGUCGUUUUUAUAAGAAAACACUAUUUUGAAACAUUACUCCAAAAAUAUAUAUAAACUGAAUCUCGUGAUUUGUUCAUUUUAUUCCUAUUAUAAUAACAUCUUUUAUUAUCCAGUAUACAAAAACAAUGUCUAAGCAUUUUGAAUUGUUAUUAGAGGUAUCAGAAGUAAAUAAACUUGAGUUAUGAUAAAAUAAAUUGUGGUAAUCUUUAUGGGCCUUUGAGGCCUCCCCGUUGGUAUUACAUGUACCAAAAAUACGUUGGUAAUGCUAGGGUUAAUGUAAUAAAAACCAUUAAUAUGAUAUGCUUGAACUGUUGUCUAACUGUCUGAGAAAACAGCUUCCUAGGUACUCUAUACUAGACGAGUGGGCCAGACACGACAACUGCAGCCACUGCUACACUACAAAUACCAGCUCAUAAAAUAAGCUCAUCACACAGAUGCCAGGAGCAGCUUUGUCAGUGGAGCAGAACUAAUUUUAGAACCAGAAAAGCCAACAGAGUUUAUCACAGGUAAAUGAAAGUUACCAAUUUUGAGAAGUGGGUGCAGGAAAAACUGCUCCCCAAUCUAGAUUUAGGUAGUUCUAUAAUUAUUAAUUGUGCUCCCUCUCAUAGUGCGCAAGAGAACAAAGCAUCAAAAUCUAUAAAGCUGACUACAAAUCUACAUAAAGGUUUUCUAAAGAACACUGAAAAGCCAUAUGUAAAAAAUGAAAGAUUUCCACUACUGACUGAUUCUUGGGAUGGACAAACCAAUCCCACAUUGUACAAUGAAUUUUUUUCAAAAUGAUAGGCAUCUGCCUACUAGCACCCAGCAAGUAAUUCCACCAAAAUGCAGCCAUGUGACAUAUUUUUCCAUGAAGUAAAAAUAUUAAUUGAAUGUGUGCAAAACUGUGCCUACCUCACUGAAUAAGGGCGUGAAAUCAGUUAGAGAAAAAAGUGUGUAAGAGUUCAAGCAAUUGUUCACCACCAGUUGCUCUCUCCCAUCUUUGGUGAAAUGGUCAGGUACGAAUGGUUAACUUCCAAAAUUUGAAAAACAUUAAUUAAAAUUAAAAAAAAAAGAAAAACACUUUAGGAAUUUGAAUGAAGUUUGCUUUCCAAUUGACAUACAGCAACGGUAAAAAUGCAGCACUUGUACAGUUUAUGUACUCAAUGCUGUGAAAAUUAUUAUUUUCAAUGUUUUUUAAUGCUUAUCAGUGUGGUAUAAAACAGUGGACACAGUCCAAAUAAAGAGUAUUUGAUUUUUCAUUUAAUGAUUUCAUGGGGUCAUGUGGCUGCAAACAGACCCUGCAGUAUCCUGGGCUGUGACAGCCAGUUCCAUCCUUUUAAGUGCUCUGGGUGAGGCGCUGACUGCAGUAGCAGUUCUUCAAUCAGAGCUCUCACUAAGGAACCAUUAGUAUCAUUGAUGCCAUAUUCCAGCCAGUAAUUCCUGUUAUGUAGAGCCGCCUGCACAGUUACCUGCCAUCGCUUUGACAUGGCCUCUGCACUAGUAAGGACGCAGUCAAAGGGGGACUCCAGGGAGUCAGGAUCCCCUGUAUCACCCUUAUGAGAAUAUAGACGACCUAGUUGCAUGGGAUGAUCAGAUUUUCCAUUUGAGGUCGUUGCUGUGGUGUAUAUGCAAUGUAGCACAACUCUGAUGUGGGUGUAUAAGCACCAACAUGUGCCCAAGGGACUAGUGUGGCAUUUGUGUCUUUCUGACGUGCAGGGGGUAAAUGUGGAAACACGAAUUAUGGUGACACCAUUACCAAAUGCAUCUAAGCAGGUCCAACACAGUGUUAUUCUUCUCUUGGCUUCAGGAGGACAAACACUGGUACACAUUUCUCAGAGAAUGAAGAAUGUGUAUGGAGAAGUAUGUCUGCCGAAAACUACCACUGUGGAAUAGUGUGACAAGGAGUGCUGUGCUACAAGAUAAUUCAUGUCUCCAUAUCGCAAAUGCUGUAAAGCAGACUUACCCCAAUUCAAGCGCAAGACACUCAAACACCCACUCUAUAGUCCUCAUCUCUACCAAUGUGAUUAGCAUGCCUACACUCCCUUAAAAAUGUGUUGAAGGGUCGACGAUUCCUGUUGGACAAGGAUGUGUAGCAGGCAGCUACAGACUUCUUCAUGCAGCAGGACACAGUGUUUUACCAAAUGGGUAUCUUCAACCUGGUGCAUCGGUGGAAUGAUUGCCUCAAUGCCCAUGGCAAUUUUGCCUGACUGACAUACCAACUGUGGACUUCGAAUUGAAACUUUUUGAUGAUGCUUCCUUGUAUUUUGAUGAUCAAUCAUACGACAUAGUGCGUACUAUCGACAGUCAACGAGACCAACCACUGUAUAUUGUUGACCUUAUUAUUUGAGUCUAACUCGCAGGUAGGAAUGGAACUGCAACAAACUUCAGAAAUGGAAUUGCUGGAAGGGCUUGGUUUGACCACUUUCUUCAACGUCAUUAAGAUAAGCUUUCAAUUAGAAAGCCAACCGGAACAUCAUAUGCUCGGGCAAAAGGUUUUACCUGUGAGAGGGUUAACUCAUUCUACGACUUACUACAAGCUGAAUACCAGCAACAUAAAUAUCCAGAAGAUCAUGUAUGGAAUGUCGAUGAAACAGGCCUUAGUGUAGUUCAGACUAAGAUCCCACAAAUAAUUGCAAGCAGAGGUAAACGCCAAAUUUGUUCUCUGAUUGCUGCAGAUCAUGGGUCUCUAGUAACGGUCAUCUGUGCGAUGAGUGUGGGAGGUUGAUAUGUUCCGCUGAUGUUCAUAUUCCUGAGAAUGAAGGGUUUGACCACUUUCUUCAACAUCAUCAAGAUAAGCUUUCAAUUAGAAAGCUAACCGGAACAUCAUAUGCUCGGGCAAAAGGCUUUACCCAUGAGAGGGUUAACUCACUUUACGACUUGCUACAAGCUGAAUACCAGAAACAUAAAUAUCCAGAAGGUCAUGUAUGGAAUGUCGAUGAAACAGGCCUUAGUGUAGUUCAUACUAAGAUCCCACAAAUAAUUGCAAGCAGAGGUAAACGCCAAAUUUGUUCUCUGAUUGCUGCAGAUCAUGGGUCUCUAGUAACGGUCAUCUGUUCGAUGAGUGUGGGAGGUUGAUAUGUUCCGCUGAUGUUCAUAUUCCCGAGAAUGAAUAUGGUAGACAUUCUUAUUAAAGGUGCUUCUCCUGGGUCAAUUGGGAGAGCCCACCCAUCUGGUUGGGUUCAAGCAAACCUAUUCACGGACUGGCUGAAACAUUUUGUUGAAAAAACAAAGCCAACAGAGACUUCGCCUAUUCUAUUCAUCCUUAAUGGUCACUUCUCCCAUGUAAGGAAUAUUGAUGUGGCACGAAAAAACUUCAUCACCAUUUUGCCACAGUCUUCACACACAACACAGAAACUGCAACUCCUGGAUCAUACUUUUAUGGGUGCACUUAAAGACUCACUACAGGGAGAAUAUUCGUCAGUGGAUACUUAAUGAAAGCAAACCUGUUGGACCCUAUGAUGUGGCGUCUCUCUUUGGCAAGGCCCACCUCUAGUGUACAACCAGCAUUAAUGCAGUAAAUGGGUUUAGGGUAACAGGAAUUUAUCCCUUAGAAAGAAAUAUAUUUCAAGAUGAUGAAUUCAUCGCUGGGGAAGAAGUCCAGAUUCCUGCGCCUGCCAACCAACCGAAACAACAGGAACCCGAAAAGAGAGUUCAGACUGAAGAGGACCUUGAUACUAUUGAAACUGGUGUCCAUGAGCCUAUUAAAACUGCAUUUAGUGUGUCUCCAAGGGAUAUCCAUCACAUACCUGAGAAGAUGAAAACAUUGUCUCGUGGGCAAAAACCGUGUGUUGCUAGUCUUGUGACAGGAUCUCCAUAUAAAAACGAAUUAGAAGCUUACAUAGAAGAGACAAAAGUUGCAGCUAAUCUUCGUGGCUGUGGACGCAGAUGAGGGAAAUUGACAGCUAUCAAAAGGAACUUGACUUAUGAUAUAUCACAGCCAUCUUGUUCUGGAACCCAAACCCAAACUUGUAGUAGAGGGCGUGGUGCAUCUGGUCAUGGAAGAGGCGUUAGUAAGAAUAGUCGACAGUAAAAGAAAACUUUGAUUAAGUAAGAAGAAAUGGACAGUGAUGACUCAGAUUGUGUUUACGACGACGUCAUGGGGCCCUCGACUGGUUCUGGUGAUUCUCCAUGUGACCUUCUGGUUGGUGAACUCCAGCCAGAUAAAGACGAUGCUCUUUGCCUAUUCUGUGACGGGAAGUUUUCAAAUGAUGUUCAUGGUGAAUUAUGGGUGCAACACCUAAUGUGCUCUUUAUGGGCUCACAACAAGUGUGCAAAGGUGGAGAAGGAGGACUAUGUUUGUGACUUCUGUCACUAGUACUGUGCUACUUUAUACUUUUAUGGUUUUAUAUUUCAUAAUAAAUGCAUAUUAUAAUGAAGCAAUUCUUCAGUUUUCUUGCCACAGAAAAUCCUUAAAAUAUACUGGGAGUCCAUAUUACAAACACCAUAGGAACCAUAUUAACUGCACAUUUUGUUCGCAGUCAAAUUUAUCAUAUUUGGGAAACAAAAUAAUAAUAAAUAUAUUAAAACAUUUCAAGGAAUUUAUCAAUAUAUUGUCUUAGUUAACUGUAAGUAGAGUAUAACUAUAUCAAUUAAGGUACUACUAUUGUAUUAGUAUACAAUAUUUUAUUCAAAAACAAACUGGGGGUCCAUAUUACCACCACUUCCUCUAAUUUUGUAUAUGGAAAGCCAAAUGAAUGUCCAGAAAAAAGUUUUGUAACGGGGAUCAACAUCUGAAUUUGAGGUGAUUGUUUUGGGCCAUGUGGAAGGAUGUCUUAUGAACAAGUGCUCGCAACUUGCCCAUGAAAUAUGCACUUCACGAACAGUGUGGGCAAGCUGGUGGCAACGAACGUGCAGACCAACUGGUGAAUAUUGUGUGGCAUGCACUUCCUACUGACAUACAUACAGUGAUUUUCAUAGCAUACUCGCCCAACAAGCAAGAACGGAAUGGACAAUGUUAGUGGACAUGGAUCAUAAAAUCAAUGACACAUGAAAUUAGGUGAUUCAGUUUCUCUAUCAGUGCUCACGAGAAAAGAUAUUGCUAUUAUUAACAGAACAAGACCCUCUUCAAGCUCUUAUUCCUGCCUCAUUAAGGAGGACAUUCAAUGUAUGCUAAUAGAUAUUGAUAAAUAAAAUCAUCCACGAAAAAUUACGCUGUACAACACCUGUAUUUUAAAAUAAAUAGGGUUUAUUUUUCUCUUAGAGUAGCUCUUGGCUCUGUGAAUAGAUCCUUACGAAAGUAUCUUGUAUUUUCUCCAUUUUUUUGAACAAGCGCUUUUAAAUUUGAAGCGUUUUUCUUAUAAUUCAUUAUGUAUACUUUCAGCAUAAAAUGAAAAUCCUGGGCCUUUUUGGGGGCUUUUUUAACAAAUCAGACAGAGUACAAGUGUGACUGAACACACAGUGUGUGCACCUAAGACUCCUAACAAUGGGCGUCCACAGCCGACGAUCCACACAUGUACCAAUGUUAACACCAGGGCAUCAGCAACUAUGACUAAGAUAGGUAUGUGACCAUCAUUAUUGAACGUAGGGUCAGUGGCAGAGUUUUGCAUGGUCUGACGAAUCCCGAUACCUCCUUCAUCAGGGCAGUAGGAGGUCACAAAUCUGUCGUCUUCCAUGGGAACACUACCAUGACACCUGUGUUGCAAGAGGGAGGCAAGCUGGUGACAGCUCCAUUAUUCUCUGGGCAGCAUUCAUGUGGCCAACUGUAGGUUCAAUGGAGCUCGUGCAGCCACCAUGAUGGCCAAAAGUAUCAUACAUGGAUUACAAAUCACGUACACCCCUUCAUGAUGAUUGUAUUUCCUGAUGGCAGUGGCAUUUUUCAACAGCAUAAUGCGCCAUGUCACAAGGCCAGGAAUGUAAUGGAGUAGUUCGAGGAACACAGUGGUGAGUUCCAGUUUAUGUGUUGGGUCCCCAACUUGGCAAAUCUGAACCCGAUCAAAUGCAUGUGGGAUGUGACUAAAUGAGCAUUAGAGCUCAUAGCUCGCUCCCUGGAAUUUAAGGGACUUAGGUGACGUGUGCAGAUGUGGGGGCCAACACUCUCCAGGCAACUCGUAAAGUGGAAUAAUGAAAUUUCCCACUAUCUGCUUGAGACUUUUCAUGAAAAACUCAGACCCUCACUAUUAAAAUGGCAAGUCUGGUUACACAUAGGUAAGGGCAGGCAAGGCAUUAUGACGAGUUUACACUUUAUCAAGGAUGACAGUAGAAGUGCAUCCACAUUUGGGAUCAUUAAACACAUGCAGCCGAACUCAAUUGUUAUAAUACCGAAUAGUGAUCAUGGUCCCUCUGUCUGCUGUGCUCGCUCAGCAAGACUGUUGGGAAGGUUAUUCUCAAAUGCUUCAGAGGCUAUGCAUAAUGAACUCACAGCUCUCAAACAGACUGUAUAUGGCACUGAUUAAACCUCUGAAGAGGUAGCACCUACAGUGGCAAAAGCAGGUCAUUUAAUACAAGGUUUAUUUUCCCACUGUUAUGUAUCCCAUAUAUUCUUCAGGUACCAUUAAAAAAACCUAUUCUCACUGUAUGAAAUUUGCUACUACUGCAAUACUGUGGGUGGAUCACUUUACCUCACAUUUCAACAUUCAUCUAACAGACUGCUUGCUUUAAGAUAGUGUGUAAGAAUGAAAGAUGUAGUUCAGAAUGAUAUUAUUUCCUAUUAGCUGCAUGGGAUAAUUCAUGGGAAACAGAGAGUGCAAUUACAGCGGUAAAUAAACUUGCAUGCACGUAGAGACAGGCAUGACAUUAUGACGAGUUAACAGUGUAUCGAAGAACACAGGAAAAGUGCAUUCACAUCUGUGGUAGUUCAAGGCACAUAACUCCACUCAACCAUUACAAAAGUGAGCCACGGUCACAGCCCUCUGCAAAAUUACUAACUCCUCAGUCUGCAGUGUGCACUCAUUAACAUAACUCUCAUGUGUAUCACAGGCUAUGCACACUAGAAAAGCAACAUUGGAACAGACUGUACAUGAGACUCUUUAAACCUCUGAUGAUGUAUUCUGAUCCAGUGUAAAGAGCGGGUAUUUCCUACAAGAUUUAUGUGCCUCUUGUAUGUAUACUGUAAAUGCUUGAGGCACUGGUAACAAAAAAUAAUCACUGUUCUCACUGUAUGAAAUUUGCUAUCAUUGUAAGACUGUGGGUGGAUAUUUUAUCCAAAAAUUUAUUAUUAAGUAUUAUUAUAACUGGCAUUUCAACAUGUAUCUCACACAUUCUUGUUUUAAGAUAUAGUGUAAGAAUGCACAGUUGUUGUUCUGAAAGACAAAAUUUCCUCCUAAUUGUUUGGGAUAAUUCAUCGCAAACCCAAAGCACCAUUAUAGUAUGGGUGAGUCUCGUUGCACACAUGUGAAACAGGUGUGAUGUUAUGAAGUGUCCACACUGUACCAAAGAAGAAAAAAGCCAUGUAUUGACUUUUGAUAUCAUUUCAGGCAUGCAACAAAACUCAACCAUUAUGAAAGGAGGCAGCCAUCUUGGCUUUUCACACAAAAUUACUGACCCAUCAAUCUGCAGUGCUCUCACAGCUGGACUGUUGAGAAGCUUAUCCUCAAAUGUCUCAUGAGGAACUGCAUCAACAACAACACCUUAAGAAUGGAGAAAUUUGUAUUCAGGUAUUACCACUCCUAGAACAUGACGAAUACUCCACAUAGUACAACAUAUUACACAUGGCUCCAACAACAAUUAAGCCUCAGGUGCUGUGGGAUUAUUUGUUGACAAGUGCAAGGCAGUUCUGUCCACUUUCAAUCGGAAACAACUGCUCAAACAUCAAAACUGCACACAAAUAACACCACACACACCACAAAACCUUACUUUGCAAAGAUUAGGUACCUCAGUGUCUGGUGGGGCCAUAAACUAACAUUGGAGGACAACAAACAAACAUAGCCAAUAGAAUAAACUUGAAGCUCUAACAACUUUAUCCAAUGCUCAACAGGUCAAGCACACUGGAUAGAAGGGUGUCAAGGUCCAAGUACAUGACACUGAUUACACCUUUGAUGAUUUAUGCAGCUCCAAUGGAAGUGAAGGUCUCAUUUCCUACAAGAUAUGUGUGCCCCUCUAUGUAUGCUGUAAAUGGUUGUAGCACUGUUAACAAAAGUAAUCACUGACCUCAAAGUAUGAAAUUUGUUAUCACUGUUAGAUUCUGGGUGGAUUACUUUUCCAAAAUUUUAUUAUCAUCAUUUUAACUGGCAUUUCAGCAUGCAUAUCAUGCAAUCUUCCUGUAAGAACCUGUAAACAGUGAAAAGUUGUUUCCUGGAUUGAUGAAAUUUACAAUUAGCUGCUUGAGAUAAUUCACAAGUCUGGUCCCACACAUGUGAAGACAGACAGGGCAUUAUGAUGAGUUCACACCGUCUCAGAGAUAUCAGUACAAGAGCAAAACUUUUGUGAUUGUUUGGUACAUAUAACAGAAGUAAAGAAUUAUAUAACCAUGCCAACAUCAUGACCUUUCAGUUUCCAUGCUCACCCAGCGAGAUUGUUGCAAGGGUGAUUCUCAAAUGUCUCACAGACUAAGCAUAUGGGACAGGAAUACUUGAAAAAGAUUUUAAAUGACACUGACUAAUCAUUUGAUGAUGUAGCAGCUACAGUGAAAACAGUAGGUCAUUUAACACGAGAUUUAUGUUCCCACUAUAUGCAUCCCGUAUAUACCUCAGGUUUUUUUAAAAAAAGCAGCACUAUUCUCAAUGUAUGAAAUUUGCUAAUACUGGGCAGAUCACUUUACCUCACAUUUCAACAUUCAUCUAACAGACUGCUUGCUUUAAGAUAGUGUGUAAGAAUAAAAGGUGUAGUUCGGAAUGAUAUUAUUUCCUAUCAGCUGCAUGGGAUAAUUCAUGGGAAACAGAGAAUGCAAUUACAGCGGUAAAUACACUUGCAUGCAUGUAGAGACAGGCAUGACAUUAUGACGAGUUAACAGUGUAUCGAAGAACACAGGAAAAGUGCAUUCACAUCUGUGGUAGUUCAAGGCACAUAACUCCACUCAACCAUUACAAAAGUGGGCCACUGUCACAGCCCUCUGCAAAAUUACUAACCCCUCAGUCUGCAGUGUGCACUCAUUAACAUAACUCUCAUGUGUAUCACAGGCUAUGCACACUAGAAAGGCAACAUUGGAACAGACUGUACAAGAGACUCUUUAAACCUCAGAUGUAUUCUGAUCCAGUGUAAAGAGCGGGUUAUUUCCUACAAGAUUUAUGUGCCUCUUGUAUGUAUACUGUAAAUGCUUGAGGCACUGGUAACAAAAAAUAAUCACUGUUCUCACUGCAUGAAAUUUGCUAUCAUUGUAAGAUUGUGGGUGGAUAUUUUAUCCAAAUUUUUUUUAUUAAGUAUUAUUUUAACUGGCAUUUCAAAAUGUAUGUCACACAUUCUUGUUUUAAGAUAUAGUGUAAGAAUGCACAGUUGUUGUUCGCAAUGACAAAAUUUCCUCCUAGUUGCUUGGGAUAAUUCAUCACAAACCCAAAGCACUGUUAUAGUAUGGGUGAGUCUCGUUGCAUACAUGUGAAACAGGCGAGAUGUUAUGAACUGUUCACACUGUGCCAAAGAAGAAAAAAGCCAUGUAUUGACUUUUGAUAUCAUUUCAGGCAUGUAAAAAAACUCACUCGUUAUAAAUGGAGGUCACCACCUUGGCUUUUCACACAGAAUUACUGACCCAUCCGACUGCUGUGCUCUCACAGCUAGACUCUUGAGAAGCGUAUCCUCAAAUGUCUCAUGAGGUACUGUGUCAACAACAACACCCUGAGACUGGAUAAAUUUGUAUUCAGGAAUCACCACUCCUAAAACACAAUUAAUUCUCCACGUAGUACAACAUAUUACACAUGGCUACAUCACCAAUUAUGCCACAGGGACUGGCGGGGAAGGGGAGGGGGAGAAGGGGCUGCGGGGGGGGGGGGGGGGGGGGGAGGAGUGUAUUCAUUGACAAGUGAAAAGCAGUUCCGUCCAGUUUCAAACUGAAACAACUGUGGAAACCACAAAACUCUACACAAAUAACACCAUCCACAGCCCAAUACAUUCCAGUGCAAAAGUUAGGUACCUCACUGUUUGGCUCGACCAGAAACUAACACUGGGGGACAACAAGUGAACAUAACCAACAAGGCUCGUACAAUUUUACCUAAUGCUCAACAGUCACAGCACGCUGGUUAGAAGGGUGUUGAGGUCCAAGUACAUGACACUGAUUAGGCCUUUCAUGAUGUACACAGCUCCAAUGGAAGAAAAGGUCAUUUCCUACACGAUAUGAGUGCCCCUUGUAUGUAUAGUGCAAAUGGUUGAGGGACUGUUAAAAUAUAAUCACUGUUGUCAUUGUAUGAAACUCGCUACUGCUGUAUAUUGUGGGUGGAAUUCUUAUCCAAAAGAUUAACAUUCUAUAUUAUUUUUCAUAGCAUUUCAACAGGCAUUACAUGCAUAUCUUGCUUUGAGAUACCACGUAAUAAGAAGAGUUGUACUUUGGAAUCAUGAAAUUUCCUAAUAGCUGCUUGGGAUAAUUCAUGGGAAAUCCAGACUACACUAUUAAAUGUGCAGGUCUAGUUGACCACAGGCACAUACAGGCAAGACAUUAUGAUGAGAUAUGACUGUAAUAAAUACGACAGCAUGAGUGCAUCAACUUUUGUGAUAGUUCAAUACAUGCAACCCAACUCAACUAUUACAAAAGUGGGCAAUCAACAUGGCCCACCUCGAAAAAUUACUGACCCCUCAAUCUGCGGUCUGCACUAAGCAAGACUGUUGAGUAGACGAUUCUCAAAUGUCUCACACACUAUGCACACUGAAACGGCAACUCUCGAACAGAUUGUACAUGGCACUCAUUAAACCUCUGAUGGUGCAGCAGCUCCAGUGGCAAGAGCAAGUCAUUUAAAAAGACAUUUAUGUGCCCACCGUAUGUGUCGUGUAAAUAGUUAAGGCACCCUUAACAAGAAAUAAUCACUGUUCUCAAGGUAUGGAAUUUGCUAUCGGUGUAAGAGUGUGGGUGGAUCAUUUAUCUGAAAUUUAUUAAGUUUCAUUUUAUCUGAAAUUUCAGCAUGUGUCACACACACUUCUUGUUUUAAGGUACUGUGUAAGAAUGGAAAGUUGUAGUUUGGAAUGAAGAAAUGUCCUCCUAGCUGGUUGAAUAACUCAUGGGAAACCCAGACCACCAUUGUUAACAGUGUAAGUCUAGUUGCGCUUAACUAGAGACUUGCAGAAUAAUAUGACGAGUUAACACCGUGUUGAAAAUGACCGAAGAUUGCAUCCACUUUUGUGAUCGUUCAAUGCAUGCAAUCGAACUAAACCACUACAUAAGUAAGCAAUGAUGGCUUUCCCUAUAAAAUUACUGACCCAUCAGUCUGCUGUGCUCUCACAAGUAGACUCUUGAGAAGCUUAUCCUCAAAUGUCUCAUGAGGGGUACUGUGUCAACAACAACACCUCGAGAGUCGAGAAAUUCGUAUUCAGGAAUCACCACUCCUGAAACACAAGUCCUCCACGUAGUAAAACAUAUUACACAUGGCUACACCACCAAUUAAGCCACAGGGGCUGUGGAGGGCAUUCAUCGACAAGUGCAAAGCAGUUCUGUCCACUUUCAAACUGAAACAACUGCAGAAACCACAGAACUGUACACAAAUAACACCACCCACAGCCCAAUAUACUCCUUUACAAAAGUUAGUUACCUCAGUGUAUGGCUGGACCAGAAAUAAACAUUGGGGGACAACAAAUGAACAUAACCAAUAAAACAAAUUGAAGGCUCAAACAAUUUUACCCAAUGUUCAACAGGCAAAUCACACUGGAUAGAAGGGUGUUGAGGUCCAAGUACAUGACACUGAUCACACCUUUGAUGAUGUAUGCAGCUCCAAUGGAAGCGAAGGUCAUUUCCAACAAGAUAUGUAUGCCCCUUGUAUGUAUGCUGCAAAUGGUUGAGGCACUGUUAACAAAAGUAAUCACUGCUCUCAAAGUAUGACAUUUGCUAUCGCAGAACAUACCAUUUAAUACAAUACUGAUGUCCCUCCUGAUAGUAUAUUGUAAAUGCUCGAGGCAUCAUUAACCUGUGAGAUUGUCAAUGGAUUAAGUAUCCAAAAAUUUAAUAAUACAUAUUAUUUAAACAUUCUUGAAAUACUCUUGUUUUAGGCACAGUGUAAGAAUGAAAUGAUAUUGUUUGGAUUGGUGAAGUUUUCUCCUAGCUGCUUGGAAUAAGUCAUGGGAAACCCAGAAUCCUAUUAAAGGCACAAGUCCAGUCGUAUGCUGGUGUGACAGGCAGAACAUUAUGACAACUUUACACUGUAUCAAAUAUGAUAGUAGAAGUUCCUAAAGUUUUGUGAUCGUUCAGUGCAUGCUACUGCACUCAGACAUUAUAAGAACAUGGCUUUAUCAUGGUCUUUACCACAAAAUUAUCAGCUCUUCAGUUUGAUGUGCUUGCUCAGCAAGAUUGUAGGGUUGGUGAUUCACAAAUGUCUCACCGGCUAUGUAUACUGAACAGGUAACCUCAAAACAAUUGUACAUGGGGCUCAAUAAACCUCUGAUGAUGUAACAGCUCCAGUGGAAGGAGCAGGUCAUUUAAUAUAAGACUGAUGAGCCCCAGAAUGUAUCCUAUAAGUACCUGAGGCACCAUUAAAAAUUAAUAAUCACAGUUCUCACUGAAUGAAUUUUGCUAUUGCAGUAAGAUUGUGGGGGGGGUUAACUAUCCAACAAUUUAUUACUGUCUAUCACUUUACCUCACAUUUUAACAUGCAUCUCACAGUCUUCUUGUUUAAGAUACCAUGUAAAAAUGAAGAGUUGUUCUUCUGAAUGAUGAAAUUAUCUAAUAGCUGAUUGGGAUAAUUCAUGCAAAGGCUAAAUCCACCUAUAAACGAGACAAGUCCAGUUGCAUGUGGGUACAGACAGGCAACAUAUUAUGAGGAGUUAAGACUGUAUUGAAGUAGAAAGCUGAAGUGCUUCAGCUUUUGGAAAUGUUCAAUGUAUGCAACCACACUCAACCGUCACAAGAGUGCCAUCAUCAUGGCCCUCACCACAAAAUUACCGACCCUUCAGUCUACUGUGCUUACUCAGCAAGACUUUUGGGAUGAUGAGUCUCAAAUGUCUCACGGCCUAAGAAUACCAAAAAGGCAACUCUCAAACCGACUGUAUAUGGCACUAAUUAAAGAUCUGAUGAUAUAGCAGUGCCAAUGGGAAGAACAGAUCUUUUAAUACAUUAUUGAUGUGCCCCCUGCAUGUAUAUUGUAAAUGAUUCAGGCUCUAUUAACAAAAUAUAAUCACUGUACUAACUGUAUGAAAUUUGCUAUUGGAGAACAAGACCAAUUAACUAUUAUCCAAAAAUUUAUUGUUAUGUAUGUGGUUCAGAAUGAUGAAAUUUCCUAAUAGAUCCUUGGGAUAAUUCAUGGGAAAUCCAGAUCCCCACUAUUAAAUGGGCAAUUCUAAAUGCACACACAUAAAGACAGGCAGUACAUUAUGAUGAGUUCACACUGUGUCGAAGAUAACUGUAUAAUUGCAUCAACCUUUGGGAUUGUUAAAUGCAUGCAACUGAACUGCAGAAUUAUAUCACCGCCAUGGCCUUUCAAUCAACGUGCUCACUUAGAAAGGUGAUUCUCAAAUGUCUCAGAGGCUAAGAAUACCAAAGAGGCAACUCUAAAACAGACUGUACAUAUGUGGCACUGAUUAAACCUCUGAUGAUGUGGCAGCUCAGGAGGAUAGAACAUGUCAUUUAUACAAGAUCUGAUAUGCCUCCUGACUGUAAAUUCUAAAUGCUUGAGGCACCUUUAACCUGUGAGAUUAUCAAUAGGUUGACUAUCCAAAAAUUUAAUAAUACAUAUGAUUUAAAUUUCCAUAUCGACAUUCAUCACAUAGUCUUCUUGUUUUAAGCAGAGUGUAAGAAUGAAAUGUUAUUGUUUGGAAUAAGGUAAUUUCCUAAUAGCUGCUUGGGAUAAUUCAUGGGAAAACAGCACAAGCUUUUGAACUGAAGAAUGAUAUAACUGUGCCAACAUCAUGGCCUUUCAGUUUCUAUGCUCACUCAGCAACACUGUUGGGAAGGUGAUUCUCAAAUGUCUCAAAGGUAAUCAUACAGAACAGAAAUGUCUAAAAAAAAUAAUUAAAUGACGCUGAUUGAACCUCUGAUGAUGGUGCAGCUUCAGUGAAGAGAGCAGGUUAUUUAACAAAAGAUUUUUGUGCCUGCUGAAUAAAUAAAUAGGCUAAGAAUACCGAGCAUGCAUCUCUGAAACAAAUUCUACAAGGCACUGAUUAAACCUCUGAUGAUGUGGCAGCUCAAGUGGAUAGAACAUGACAUUAAUAAUAGAUUAAUGUGCCUCCUGAUUGUAUAUUGUAAAUGCUUGAAGCACCAUUAACCUAUGAGAUUGUCAAUGGAUUAAAUAUCCAGAAAUAUAACACCACAUAUCAUUUAAACUGUGACAUCAAGAUUAAUCAAAUACAUGCCUUAUUUUAGGCACAGUGUGAGAAUGAAAUUUUAUUGUUCAGAAUGAUGAAAUUUCUUAAUAACUUCUUGAGAUAACUCAUGGGAGGCCAAAAACCUAUUAAAGGGGCAAAUCUAGUUGCCCAAAUAUAAAGACAGGCAAGGCAUUAUUACGAGUCCACACUGCACCAAAGAAUAUGCAUGCAACAGAACUCAACCACUGUAACAAUAUGCCAUCCUUAUGGGACACAUGGGAAAGUUACUGACCCAAUUAUUGUGCUGUUCUAACCACAAAAGAUUAUUCGGAUGGUGAUUCUCUAAAGUCUCACUGCCUAAGCAUACCAAAACUGCAGCUGUCAACCCGAUUGUACAGGGCAUUACUUUUGGAAUUGUUUGGUGAAUGCAACCAAACUGAGGAAUUAUAUAACUGUGCCAACAUCAUCGCCUUUCAGUUUCCAUGCUCACUGCAUUGUUAAGGAAGAUAAUUCUGAAAUGUCUCACAGGCUAAAGAAUACCACAAAGGCCUACUUAGCUUCGUUGCAUGACACUGAUUAAACCUCUGACAAUGUGGCACCACAGGUGCAGAGAACAUGACAUUAAUAAUAGUUUGAUGUGCCUCCUGAUUGCAUAUUGUAUGUGCUUCAGGUACAAUUAACAUGUGAGACUGUCAUUGGAUUAAGUCUCCAAAAAUUUAAUAAUACAUAUCAUUUCAAUUGUCAUAUCAACAUACAUCAAAUACAGUUUUUGUUUUACGCACAGUGUAAGAAUGGAAUGUUAGUGUUUGGAAUAGUGAAAUUUCCUAAUAACUUCUUGGGUACUUCACGGGAGACCUAAAAGCUUUUAAAGUGGUGAGUUCUUCUUGCACGCAUGUAAAGAUAGUCAAGGCAUUAUGAACAAAUCUACUCCGCAUCGAAGUCAACAACAGAUAUUCAUUAACUUUUGCACUCGUCCAAUUCAUGCAACUGACCUCAACCAUUCUAAAUGUAUGCUAGUAUCAUGGCACACAUGGGAAAAUUACUGAAUCCUCAGUCUGCUGUUCCUCCCCAGAAAGAUUGUGGGCAUGCUCUUUCCCUAAUGUCUCACUCACUAAGCAUACCAAAGCUGCAACUGUCAAACCGGCUGUACAUGGCACUGAUCAACCUCUGAUGAUGCAGCACGCCCAGUGGAAUGAAAACCUCAUUUAAGACAAGAUUUAUGUGCCCACUUUAUGUAUCCUAUAAAUGAUUGAGGUAACUUUAAGAAAUAGGAAUGACGGUCCUCACUGCAUGAAAUAUGCCAUUCUGAAAGAUUGUGGGAGGAGUAAUUAUCCUAAGAUUUGUUAUUACAUACCAAUUUCCCUGGGACUAUCAGAUCCAUGUCAUCAACCUAUUGUUUUACAAUUCCGUGUACAAAUGAAGAGUUGUAGUUCUGAAUGAUGAAAUACCCUAAUGGCACCUUGGGAUAAUUCAUGGGUCAAGUAGGUACCCAGUAUGGAAGGGUCAAUUUUAAAUGCACACAAGUAAGGACAGACGGGACAUUAUCACCAGUUCAAACCCUAUCAGAGAUAACUGUUGACCUGCAUCAACUUUUGGUGAUUAUUCAGUGAAUGUAACAAAACUCAGGAAUUAUACAACUGUGCCAACUACGUGGCCUUUCAGUUAUCAUGCUCAAUCAGCUACAUUGUUAGGACAAUAACCGACAAAUAUCUCAGAGGCUAAGAAUACUGGCCACGGAACACUGAAACCGAUUGUACACAGCACUGAAUAAACCUCUGAUGAUGUGGCACCUCAAGAGGAUACAACAUGACAUUAAUAACAGAUUGUUGUGCUUCCUGACUGCAUAUUGUAAAUGCUUGACGCACCAUUAACCUAUGUGGUUGUCAAUGUAUUAACUAUCCAAAAAUUUAAUAAUACGUAUCAUUUGAACUCUCAUAUCAACAUUCAUCGUGUACAUGUCGUUUGAGGGACACAGUAAGAAUAAAGUGUUUUAAUUUCGAAUGAUGAAAUAUCCUCACAACUGAUUGGAUAAUUCAUGGGAGACACAAAAGCUAUUAAAAGGGCAAGUCUAGUUGCACGAUUCUAAAGACAAGCAAGACGUCAUGACGAUUCCACACCGCAUUCAAACAACAUUAGAAAUUCCAUCAACUUUCGCAACUGAUCAAUGCAUGCAACUGAAUUCAAUAACUGUAACAUUUUGCCAUCAUUUGGGCCACAUGGGAAAAUUACUGAACCCCUCAGUCUGCUGUUCCUGCCAAGAAAGAUUAAUGGCAUGGCCAUUCUCUAAUGUCACACUGCCUAAGGAGACCAAAACUGCAACUGUCCCCAAAAUCUGUACAUGGCACUGAUUAACCUCUGAUGACGUAACAGUGCUAGUGGAAUGAUAAGGUCAUUGAAUACAAGAUUUGUGUGUCCACUGUAAGUAUCCCAUAAAUGCUGAAGGCACCUUUAUGAAUUAAUUAUCAUGGUCCUCACUGUAUGAAAUUAACCAAUCCUGUAAUAUUGUACGAGAAUCAAUUACACCUAAAAUUUACUAUUACAUAUCACUUUUGCUUGCAUUUAGCAUGCAUUUACUCGGCUUAUUGUUUUAAGAUUCCGUGUAACUAUGGAGAGUUAUAGUUACGAAUGAUAAAGUUUCCCAAUGGCUCCUUGGGGUAAUUCAUGUGUCAUCAAGAAACCCACUAAGAAAGGGGCAAUUCUCAAUGCCUAUAGGUAAAGACAGGCAAGACUUAAUCACCAAUUCACACACCAUUGUACAUAACAGUAGAACUGCAUUACUUUAGGAAUUGUUUGGUGAAUGCAACCAAACUGAGGAAUUAUACAACUGUGCCAUCAUCGCCUUUCAGUUUCCAUGCUCACUGCAUUGUUAGGAAGAUGAUUCUCAAAUGUUUCACAGGCUAAAGAUUACCACAAAGGCCUAUUCAGUUUCGUUGCAUGACACUGAUUAAACCUCUGAAAUUGUGGCACCACAGGUGCACAGAACAUGACAUUAAUAAUAGUUUGAUGUGCCUCCUGAUUGCAUAUUGUAUGUGCUUCAGGUACAAUUAACAUGUGAGACUGUCAUUGGAUUAAGUCUCCAAAAAUUUAAUAAUACAUAUCAUUUCAAUUGUCAUAUCAACAUACAUCAAAUACAGUUUUUGUUUUACGCACAGUGUAAGAAUGGAAUGUUAGUGUUUGGAAUAGUGAAAUUUCCUAAUAACUUCUUGGGUACUUCACGGGAGACCUAAAUCUUUUAAAGUAGUGAGUUCUUCUUGCACGCAUGUAAAGAUAGUCAAGACAUUAUGAACAAAUCUACUCCGCAUCGAAGUCAACAACAGAUAUUCAUUAACUUUUGCACUCGUCCAAUUCAUGCAACUGACCUCAACCAUUCUAAAUGUAUGCUAGUAUCAUGGCACACAUGGGAAAAUUACUGAAUCCUCAGUCUGCUGUUCCUCCCCAGAAAGAUUGUGGGCAUGCUCUUUCCCUAAUGUCUCACUCACUAAGCAUACCAAAGCUGUAACUGUCAAACCGGCUGUACAUGGCACUGAUCAACCUCUGAUGAUGCAGCACGCCCAGUGGAAUGAAAACCUCAUUUAAGACAAGAUUUAUGUGCCCACUUUAUGUAUCCUAUAAAUGAUUGAGGUAACUUUAAGAAAUAGGAAUGACGGUCCUCACUGUAUGAAAUAUGCCAUUCUGAAAGAUUGUGGGAGGAGUAAUUAUCCUAAGAUUUGUUAUUACAUACCAAUUUCCCUGGGACUAUCAGAUCCAUGUCAUCAACCUAUUGUUUUACAAUUCGGUG